UCGUAGCUGGUGUGGCGAGUGUAAAAUAACAGCGUCUGGUUCGAAAAGGGGCUGUGGGUAGGGUGUUCUGGGACUGGCAUUUCCUAGAAUGGCUGCAGGCAGACGUAUAUAUAAAAGCAGGGACGAUAUUUCGCAUUUUUUGCAAUUAGGAGAGUGAAAGUGGUCAUGAUGAAACUGAUUAUCUUUUCGUUUCUUCUUGCUGGUGCAUUGGCUGCUCCUGCAUCCCAGUCUAUGACUUUCAAUGACGAUGGGUCUUACCGAUUUUAUUAUGAGACCGGUAAAGAUGGUGGAAGUCACAGCAGAGAAGAGUUUCGCAACCCCGAUGGAGUUGUUGUUGGCAAAUUCUCUUACGAAGACCCAAAUGGUGAGCUGAGAGAAGUCAACUACCGUGCGGACGAAUCCGGAUACAUAGCUGAAGGAGACGUGAGUGUUCCAGACGUUCCUAAAGGCAAAUUCCCAGCAGAUGUUCCAGAGGAAGUGCAGUCAGAUUCUUCUCAGGAAAUAUCCGCUCCCCAAAUCGUUCACACUGAAGAAGUACCUGUUGUAGACUACCAACCUGAAGCAGCACCCAAUGAGAUCUCUAGUGUCGAAGAAGCACCAUCUUCCAGCGAAGAAGAUGAAGGCAAAGAUGACAUGAACGAUCUCGCUCUAGAAGAAUCGACAGCGAAUGAUCCACCAGAGGCUUUUCCGGAAGGAUUCUUCCUGCAGCACUUUCAGGGACUCAGACGAUUGCCUGAGCCAACAACAGAGGCAAAGGAAGUUUCAACGGAACCACCAGCUAAGGAAGACAUCGAAGAGUCUAGUUCUGAAAUCAGCAACGAGCAGCCAGAACCUUCAAAUGGCGAAGAUACGAGUAAGAGUGGUGUGAGCAUGUUUUCUCCAUUGAGACCAUUUCCGCAUUUUUCGGCCGCAGAAUGGGUUGCUGCAUUGCAUCAUCAACCUGUGUACGUAUAUUCUUACCAGCAGCCCGACUCUUAUGGGUACCAUUACUUCUUCUAACACCGUCACGAAAGUCUUCAUUCCAAGAACUCUGUGGAUAUACUUUUACUGUAUCUGUUGAAAUGGUUUUCCUGAUUAAGGACUCAUCAAAAUUUGUAUUACCAGUGAAUGAUACUUUUUGGUUGUUUGGUUGA